AUGUGGCUCAUGAUGGAUGAAAUCGUGAGAAUGGGAAUGUUGGGAAACGAAGAUCAAAUUAAGCCUCCUUCAAUCCAAGCAGAGGCUACUGUAACUACUUCGUCUGGUGGGAGUGAAAAUAAGAGGGAAGAAACUACUACUAGCAAUCAAAAAUUCCUAGACCUAAAUCUAGAUCACCCCAAAACGUCAUUGACGCAUUUCGACAGGGAUUCGUCAAUAAGCUCUGACUCUGAUUCAGAAAUCAGGGAUGAAGAAUCUCAACAAGACACGCUUGAUGCUUCUAAGCAAAACCUUGGUUGUUUCAUAUGUCCAAAUGAAAGUGAUCACAUUGGAAUAAAAAAAGCUUUUAUGGAAAAACAUCCAAUCCAAGUUCAUGAGGGAAAAGGAGCUAAACUUCCGUUUGAUCCAUCCAAACUCUACUAUCGUCUUUUGCCGAAUGGGGAAAAAAUACACAGAAAAUGGUUAUCUUAUUCCAUUGAGCUCAACAAAGUAUAUUGUUCUUGUUGUAUGGCUUUCGGAGGCAAAGAUAACAGAGAUUCCACAUUUAUUACUGGACACGAUGUUACACCAAAACACAUUUAUAAAUCGGCAGCUUUUCAAUGCCUAAAAGGUCGUGAUAUUGAGAGUCUUCUAGCGGGGAACCAAUCUAAACAACGAGAAAGAGAAGUUCACACAAGAAGAUUAGUUGUUCAACGUUUGAUUGACAAAGUUUUAUUUCUGGGUAGACAAGGCAUUGCUUACAGAGGGGACAAAGCAGAAGGGGCCUACUCACUUGAAUCUGUAGAAAAUCAUGGCAAUUUUCUCGAACUUGCCAUGAUGGUUGCAAACUAUGACGUUAUUUUACAAAACCAUGUGAAACAGUGCAUUGAGGAGAGUAAGAAACAUAAGCAAAAAACAAUUGAGAAAAGAAAACUUGUCGGAAAGUCAACCAAAAGACAGUACGGGCGAGGCUCUUUGAUCACAUUUUUGUCCAAAUCGUUUAUAAACAAGCUAAUUAAAACGAUUGCUAUAAUCGGACGUAAUAUCAUAUUGAAAGACCUCAAAGAUAGUAUUAUUAACAGCGUGAUGGUAGACUCUACCCAAGAUGUGGCAGUGAUGGACCAAUUAGCUAUAUGCGUACGCUACGUUGUCCAAGGAAAGGUUUAUGAAAGACUACUAGAGAUGACUGUUAUUGAUGACUCUAGUGGACAAGCAUUGUACGAGCGAAUAACAUCGGAAUUAGCAAAGUACGGAAUUCAAGCAUCAAAUGUAGUUGCGUGUUCAUUCGACGGGGCAAGUAAUAUGAAAGGGUGUUACAAUGGCUUACAGGCUCACUUCAAAAAGGCAAAUGAAAAUAUGAUUUAUACUCACUGUAUGGCUCACGUCUUAAACUUAGUAGUAGCUGACUCGACAGUAAAGUUGCUUCAAGCAGAAAACUUAUUUGGAUUGGUAGAGGAAUCUGCAGUUUUUCUGAGUUCAUCUUACAAACGAAUGGCAGUGUGGGAGAAAGAAACAAAAAAACAACAUACCGCCCACGACAAACUUUAA